CAUCCCUGCCUCGAGAUCGGCCAACUUUUGGAGCCAGCGUUUGAUGGUGCGCGCAAACGGCUGCAACGCGUUUGAUUGCAACUGCCGCGCUCGUGAUCGGUGGCUGCCGCGCGAUGCGGAGCAGCUGACCGAAAGGCUGCCCAAAAUAUGGCUGCCCUAGGCGAACUGCGCCGGCGGGGCAGCCAUCAAACGCGUAAGCCGCCCGCGAGGCGCCUCCGGGCGCCGCUCGCAGCGCUCGCGUUGAUAACAGCCGCGAUCUACGUCGCGACGCGCCUGGCGCCCGGCGACCGCCGCGCGGCGAACUACCGGAGGCGCCAGCGACGGGCGGAGGCCUGGGCGGCGCGCGAGUACGGCCCGCCCUACGCCGAAAACCACAACGCGACGUGCGUCGAGGUGGCCGUCGCGUACUUUGCCUGCGACGCCGAGGGCCUCGAGGCCCUCCUGGCGAACCACGCCGCGCACCUCAAGGCCGGCGCCGUCCAUCUGAUAUACACGCUGGUCGUGUCCCGGGCUUCGCUGGCCUGCGCGAAGCGGUCGCAGGAGGCCGCGCGGCUGCGCGCGCGCGUCGACGUCCGGGCCGACGCGGUCGCCUCGAUCGACGCGUACUCGCGGGUCCUGACGUCCCCUUCGUUCUGGGAGCGGCGGCCCUGCGCCUACACGCUGGUGACGCAGCUCGACGUUGCGGCGUGCCCCCGCGCGGCGGGUAUACUAUCUGAUUUCGUGGGGCCGUUCGACUACGUGGGCGGCGUCACGGACCGCCUGCGGCGGCGGUGGAAGCACGUGGCGCCCUACCACCUGAACGGGGGGUUCAGUCUGAGGCGCGUCGCGGCGAUGCGGCGCUGCGCCCGGCUCUACAACGCGUCCCGGAACUGGCCGGAGGACUACGUUUUCGUGACCUGUCCCGAGAUCAGGCUGGCGCCGCCGGCCGUCGCGGAUGCUUUCGCGCUGGACAACGGCAACCGCCGGCCCGGGCCGACCGCGCCGCUCGCCUUGCACAAGCCCCUCGGCAUGCGCGCCAAGGGCCGGUCGCGGUUCGGGGAACAGGCUAUCGAUGUCUGUGGCCUAGGGAAACCCCCGUAACGUUAAAGGUACGGG